CUAGGGCGCCCUGGAGCCUGUUCUGGCGGGAGCUUCUUCGUUGAGUUGGACCGGGCCGGACUUCCUGCCCCGGAGGCCCUGCAGUCUCAGGUCUGGCCCAGCUCCAGGGAGGCGUCGCCUCGCGGAGUCGCAGCCGUUUCCUGGGCGCGGUGGGCCCGGAAAGCUCAGGCUGAGGACGCGGGAGAGCGCGGGGACAUCGCACCCUGGGCGGACGCGCGCGACAUGGAGGACGGCGUGCUCAAGGAGGGCUUCCUCGUCAAGAGGGGCCACAUUGUCCACAAUUGGAAGGCACGAUGGUUCAUCCUUCGGCAGAACACACUGCUGUACUAUAAGCUUGAGGGGGGUCGGAAAGUGACCCCACCCAAAGGCCAGAUCCUCCUGGAUGGCUGCACCAUCACCUGCCCCUGCCUGGAGUAUGAGAACCGACCACUCCUCAUUAAGCUGAAGACUCGGACUUCCACAGAGUACUUCCUGGAGGCCUGUUCUCGAGAGGAGAGGGAUGCCUGGGCCUUUGAGAUAACGGGAGCUAUUCAUGCUGGACAGCCAGGGAAGGUCCAGCAGCUCCUCAUCCUGAAAAACUCCUUCAAGCUGCCCCCUCACAUCAGCCUGCAUCACAUCAUGGAAAAGAUGCAUGACAGCAGCUGUGGGAUCCGGCCGAGCCCCAACAUGGAGCAGGGAAGCACCUACAAAAAGACCUUCCUAGGCUCCUCGCUGGUGGACUGGCUCAUCUCCAACACCUUUGCGGCCAACCGUCUGGAGGCGGUGACCCUGGGCUCCAUGCUGCUGGGGGAGAACUUCCUCAGGCCAGUUGGGAUCCGCAGCAUGAGCGCCAUCCGCUCCGGGGAUCUGGCCACGCAGUUCCUGGAUGAUGCCACAGCCCUGUACACUUUUGCUGAGAGUUACAAGAAGAAGGCGACUCCCAAAGAGGACAUCAGUCUGAGCACCAUGGAGUUCAGCGGCGUAGUAGUCAAACAGGGCUAUCUGUCCAAGCAGGGCCACAAGAGGAAGAACUGGAAGGUGCGCCGCUUUGUGCUGCGGCAGGAGCCGGCCUUCCUGCAUUACUACGACCCCGCCAAAGAGGAGAAUAGGCCAGUGGGUGGGUUUUCUCUUCGAGGGUCACUCGUGUCUGCUCUGGAGGAUAAUGGUGUUCCCACAGGGGUUAAAGGAAACGUCCAAGGAAAUCUCUUCAAAGUGAUUACCAAGGAUGACACACACUAUUAUAUCCAGGCCAGCAGCAAGGCUGAACGAACAGAGUGGAUUGAAGCUAUCAAAAAGUUAACAUGAUACCAGGACUCCUCCUUCCUGUGGCUUGGUGCGGAGGAUUUUCUGGAAAAUUGGUGUGUAAGACUUGGGCUAAGGAUGUCACCAAGUGGUUGACAGCCUGCCUCGCAGGUACAAAGCCUUGAGUUGAAUCCCAGCCCUCCCCCCAAAAAGAGAAAGACUUUAAACAUUGUACAUUUUGCACUGCUUUGGAUAAGACUGCUGGCUAAUUCCUCGGAGGACACACAACAGCUGUGCUAAGACAGCCAUUAGGUGCUGAUAUGUUAACUUUUGCCCACCAGGAUGACCAGCACUGUCCUUGGGUGCCAAAGCCCUCUGUUGGAACACUAACACUGGCUAUUUAAGUGAAUCGUCUAAAGACAUUUCUCUGAAAUGUCAAUUCUUUAUCUCCUUUGGAAUUAAUAAAAUUUGACAUUUCUGGCUGAUACAAUGCUUGUAGUUUGUUUUCAGAGGCUUCCUACCUGUACAGUUCAUGUAUUAUUCAAGUUGGUUGUGGAAAUAUUUCAGUGAUUAGUGUCACUAAGACAUUUUUUAAGUGGAGAUGCAGACAAAACUUCAGUUGAAUGUUCAGAGGGUAAUUGUUUUGCUUUGGAAAGCUAACUUGGAAAGGACUCAUGAAUUCACUUGUAGCAGUUAAUCAAGUAUCAAAAAAAAAAGGAGUUUUUCUAUGAAAAACAGACAUUUAGAAAAGACAGCACAGGAGGAUCUCUAAAGGACAGUGAGAUGUAAAGCAGUUAAAUCAAGUUUUGAUUUUAAAACGAACACUAAUGGAGAAAGGCACCAGGAAACUUCCUUAGUUGGAAGGUGAAAGGAGUGAAAAGUCUGUAUCAUCCAGUAUUUUUGAAAGAAGUUUUUAUUACUUUCAAGUUUAUACAGUGCUCUGGCACAAGAUAGUGCCAGGAUUCUUGCCAAGUACAAAUUCUUGGACUUUAAUAAAAUAUGUAACUUACAGGUAAGGGGAACAAAUACUUCCAAAGUGCUUCAGAAAAAUGUGUUAAUAUCAGUUGGUCUCUACUUUUUUUGUAACUUCUUGCUAAGUAGCCCAGGUUGGCCUGGAACUUGUGACCCUCCUGCCUUCCGAGUACUAGGAUUACAGGUGUGUGCCACUGCUCAGCUUGAAUUUCCUCCUCUCAACCUUACCUGGAUAUUUGGAUCUCAACUAUUAGGAAUUCUUAAAAUGUUUUUCCUUGUUCCUUUCAUUUUAGGAGACUGCCUUUUAAAGCACUAUCUUCCUUUUGGCAUUUCAUCAAGGCUUAAUGUUCCUCUAAUUUUAUUGCCUUUUGAACAUUGGCAGGUGCUUAUCUGAAUGAAACUACAUUUGGUUUGAUGGCUUCCUGCGUCCAAACUGGCACAACUGUCUCUUUGUAUUGAGGUCAGGAUUUCUAGGUGUUGGAAAAUAGACAAUCAUCAGCUUUUGAGGCAAAUACAGUGAAGUUGGCAAGAUGCUAGAACCCCAAAAAAUCCCUGUUACUUGUUCUUGGUGUCAAAGUUAGUAGAUCAUUAACUAUGGGAACGAUUGGUAAUUACCUCUGCUUAGCAUGACGCAGUAGUUAGCUGUCCCCGUUGCUCCUGUAUUGCUUAAACAUUGAUGUAAGUAUUGGCUUGUUAUAAACCAAUAUAAUAAAUGGUUUAAAUGGCCAUAUUUUAACAUUUUCAGUUAAUUUAUGCAUGGAUAAAACUAUCAAUUUUGUUGUAUGAGCUGAUAGCCAUUUGACCUGGAGAAAAGGCAGAUGGGGGAAAUAUGAAAUCGUCAGCAGUUUAAAUGAAAAGGCUUUGGUAAGGAUUAAGAUUUGUUUAGUCAUGUCGGUCCUUUUCAAGUCAGGCUCGGUAUGCAUCUUGUCUCCAUUUAUCUUGUCCUUAAGUUUAGGUCAAUGAGAUGUACGUCUGCUUAGGAGUUUAUUCUCUUGCUCAUGCUAUACAUGAAGCUGAUCUUCUUUCUGGCUGGGCUCUUCUUCAAUGGACAAUACUGUGGUACCGAGCAGAAGGCCUGCAUUGGAUCAGAAUCACCAUGGAGGCCAUCAAUACUUUCUCUAGUACAUCCAGAUUCUCUAUGGCACAUUGGUGGGUACACAUGGCUUCCUCUCAGAACGAACCAGCUUCAGUCAGAUCACUGGGUUAAAGUUACAGGCUGCUACAUAAAGGAUCAAACCUACAUAAAGGUCAUGAACUACCCCUCUCUCCACUAAACUCAUUUUCCAGUGUCUUGUUUCCUUGGUCUGCUGCCCAGGCUGGCCUUGCCAUGGGCUCAUUGCUCUGCCUUCCCAAGUGGCUGGAACUGUAGGCAAAAACCAGCAUCCCCAGCUCUAGUACCUUUAAUAUCGAGUGAAGUCUACUACUGCAUUGAUUGACUAAUGUGGGUUCAAUUUAAUGUUUUAAUAACUCUUCCUAGGGAUAAUAAAAUUUCAAGUAUUUUAAGAGAUUAAAUCUAUAAAGAUAAGCACACUAAAGUAACUCCAGAUUUUCUACACUUCCCAAUUAGUACUGGGGACUGAACCCAAAGUACUCGCUCAGUAAGCCACAUUACCAGAUAUUUAUUUUGAGACAGGGUCUCACUGAGUUGGUCCAGCUACCCUCAAACUUGUGAUCCCCCUGCCUCAGCCUCCUGAGUAGCUAGAAUUAAAAGUGCCACAAUGCCAAGCAUGAUUUUCUAUACUUGACCAUUGUAGUUGUAACAUCAAAUAAUGUGUUACUUGUAAAACUUUGUACACAUACUUUUAAAAUAACCUGUUCUUGAUGAAAAUGAUAGAAAUGUUAAAAAUAAAUCACUAACUUGGAGAACCAAACACAUAGUGGCACCUCAAAUACUUUAAGGAAAAAAAAAAAAGCUAGUAGAUAAUGCUCUUAACUAAAUCAAAACAGCUGCAUUUUCUUUAAAAGAAAAAAAAAAACCUCUUUACCAUCUUGAAUUAGACAUUCAAG